GUGGGUUUUAUGCAGAUAGUAUUAGUAAAUGGUGAUAUUCUUCUCCUGUGUUAUUAAACUUAUAAAAUAGUCAGAUCAUUUAAUUUUAUUUUAUUAAGUUACUAUGAACUCGUUGGUAAUUGUAGUAUUAUUGUGUGGCAAUUUGAAAAUUGCUCUGAGCGAAAUACAACUGUCUGAAGAUGCUGUUAAUAACGUAGCAAGAUUUCUGUAUCCACAACCUAGAAAUUUGAAUACUCGUACAGAAACCAAAGAAGACUAUGUACAGAUUCCUUUAAAGAUAUCAAUUGCGGUCGAUAGAGAGAACAAAAUCCAGGAAUAUAAAAACACUAUAACAAACUUAUUUGAUCAAUGCAAAUAUUUAGUUGGCAGAAGUAAAAUACCAUUCUGUCGCCUUAAUCCACUUACAGAAAACCCAGAUACAUCCAGUAAUUAUCCAAGAAGCUGCAGAGAGAUUUUGGAAAGUGGAAAUAAUAAAUCAGGUGUAUAUAAGAUUAAACCCCGGACGAACAGUAAACCGUUUACUGUUUUAUGCGACAUGGAAACUAGCGGUGGCGGCUGGACCCAUAUUCAAAAGAGAAUUGAUGGAUCGCAGGACUUUUUCUUACCUUGGAGGGACUACAAGUUUGGUUUUGGUGAUUUAAGUGGAGAAUUUUGGAUCGGGUUAGAAAAUAUUUACCGCAUGACAGCUUUUGAAACAAACGAACUUUUGGUAGAACUAACUAAAACAAAUAAAAAGAAAGUGUUUGGAAAAUACGAGGCGUUCUCGAUAGGAUCCGAACUAGAUGGAUAUAUUUUAAACAAGCUUGAAGGAUAUUCAGGAACUAUAGGGGAUUCUUUAAAAUAUCAUAUCAAUGCAAAAUUUACAACUUUGGAUUUGGACCAAGAUUCUAAAGAUGAUGGAAAUUGUGCAAAAUUAUAUGAUGGAGCCUGGUGGUACUCAAAUUGCUAUCACAGCAACCUAAACGGAAAAUUUAUGACAGUGGGAGUUCCAGAACUAUACACAUCUCAAGGACUUAUUUGGAAGGAUUCAGAAGGGAACAGUUAUAUUUUAGCAGGAUCAAGGAUGUUAAUACGACCGAUUGGAGAAUAA